CCGUCGGUGAGGAUCGCCAGCUUCGAGAAGCGCGGCGAGUGAGCGAGUGACAUACCAAGUGACACUCGGCGCGCGGGUAGGUUAUUCCGCCGGAUCGAGAGCCAUUGGUAAACAUCAUGCAGCAGCAGCCGCCGCGGCAUUGCCAUCGCGAGUGACGACGUGAUUAUUACGCCCGAUUACCGCACAAUAUAAUGGCAGAGAACCUGUCGAAACGGCCUUCCAAGGGUAUCCUCAAAACGUCCAGCAGUUUUGACAAUCCGGAGGUGCCUAGACCAAGCAAGGAAACAACAUGGGACGAGAUGAAUAUCAUCGCCACUCUUCAUCCCGCUGAUAAGGACUAUGGCCACAUGAAGAUUGAAGAACCGAAAACCCCAUACAAUUUUGAAGGCCUCCAAAAUGAACAUGAGUUUGACCAGUUAGACGCUAGUGCUCUUGCGGCAAAAUUAGCUGGAGGCAGCAAGCCCAAAAUCUUUGAGGAAUCCAGUGAAGAGGAAGAGGAUGAGGAAACUCCCGAAGAAAAAGAAAGGAGAAGAGCCUUUGAGGCGAAAAGAAAGGGCCAUUACCGAGAGUGGCAUGCUGUACAAAUGGCGAGACGACUUUUAGAGCAGGAAGAAUUAGAAGAGGAGGAUGAAGAUGGUGAGGGUAAAAAUAAUGAGGAAAAUUCGUCAGAGGAGGAGAGCAAUUUCGACACGGGUUUCAAAUGCAUGCCGUCCUGUGAUAGAACCGAAAAGAAAUAAACGAAGAACAUCGAUUAACAUUUUUUUUAAUUGUCCGUCACGGUCAUAAUCUCACGGCACCUAUCAACUUCCGCUGUUUAAUAAAGUCGCUGACGCGACUAAAAAUGUAUCGUGAACGGCAGAGAAAGUGUUAGCAUCAAUUACAUUUGAACGCCCGAACUAAAUUUUGCAUUUUAAUUAUGUAUAUAUAUUGCUCCUUUUCAGCUCCAUCUUUGUAGCUCUUUAGCUCCAUCCUCUGUAAAUAAACAUUUUAAAAACUUGAAUGUUUUUAGCAUAAAUCGCUGUUAGAUUUUCCAAGACUAGAUAAAGCAAGAUUAGAUAAAUAAUAAAACGUUGCAAGUAUUCAGAGAUAUCAACAAGCCGUGCACAUGAAGAAUUCAUUAUGUUUAACGAUCUAUUUUGACUUUCAUAGACUAUAAAAAAUUAAAAUUUUGUAAGAGCUUUGCUCGUCAUUUUGCGUGUAUUAUUGUGGGCCUAUUGGCGUUCUUUUCGCGCAGUUCUCAUGUAAAAUCUAAUGUUUUUGUAGAAUCACUAUCGAAAUUUGACGAACAAUAAGGCUAAACACAGCCCUUUCACAUAUAAUAAAAAUUAAAGAUGCUGUAUGUAAUAUUUACAGUAAGAGAAACAUAUGUGUAUUUAAAACUGUUAGUAUGUAUGUAAUACCUUACACAAGUUCUGUGAUUAGCAUAGACAUAUGCUAUGUAACCUCGGAAUGUACGACUUCAAAUUUUCGUUUCUUCUCAUAAUGUUUGAUUUUAUUUUCCAAACUGUCUGUAAAACAAAAUAUAUUAUAGAUUAUACAUACACGUA